GGCUGCGCGUGCGCAGCGCCGGGACGCGCCCCUGGCGGCCGUUAAAAAUGGCGACCGUCACCGAGCUGAAGGCUGUUUUAAAGGACACCUUGGAAAAAAGAGGAGUCUUAGGGCAUUUAAAAGCAAGAAUUCGAGCCGAAGUUUUCAAAGCCCUAGAUGAUGAAAGUGAACCCCGACCAACAUUGUCUCAUGAAAACCUUCUUAUUAAUGAAUUAAUCCGGGAGUAUUUGGAAUUCAACAAAUAUAAGUAUACAUCGUCUGUUCUCAUAGCAGAAUCUGGUCAACCUGUAGUUCCACUGGACCGGCAGUUUCUCAUCCGAGAACUAAAUGCAUUUGAAGAAUCAAAGGAUAAUACAAUACCUCUUUUAUAUGGGAUUUUAGCUCACUUCUUGCAUGGAACUAAGGAUGGCAUCCAACAUACAUUUCUGAAAGGAUCUUCACUUCAGCCUCUAAACGUAAAUCCCGGUAGACAACCUAGUGGAAGAGAGCAGAUGGAUGACCAUCUAAUAAAAGAGAAGGGGAAAAAUACUAAUACUGAAGAUCUUCAUAUUUCUCAAAAUGUGAAGAGAUGACAUUUCCAUUUGGGGCAUCUUUUAUCUUAAAAUUAUCAUUUUGGCUUCUACUGGAAGAUUUAAUUAAAAUCUAGAGGGGGAACUAAUUCUUUUAAUUUGCUGUAAGUAAAACAAAGAGUUUAUUUGAUUACAUGAAGAAUGUGGAAUCAGCAUGAAGAGACAGGCUUUAGGAGAAAACCAGAAAGUACCUUUUAAAAGAUGGCAUUGUCUAACCUCCCUGUGGCCUUCAGUUGUGCAGUUAUAAGACGAGCUAUGAAAGGGCCAACCCCUAAUUAUUUGGGCUCUGAAAGUCUUAUUAAAUGUCAAUUUUUAUUCUUCAGAUAGAAAAACAGUAAGAGCUAUCCUAGUGCUAUCUCUAAAAUGCUGCUUUGAUAUUUAUUAAGAUAUUUUUAUAAUGUGGAGUCUACAGGUUGAUUUCACUGAAAUCUGUUACAGUAGACAGCACUUGACUGGCAAAAGUCACUGAUAUAUUCAGAGGACAACUGCAUUGGCGCUGUGUACUGACAACAUGUAGCUUAAACAUCUCCCACAGGGAAAGUGAUAAGGGCUUCAUUGGCAAAAUUGGCCUCUGGAAAUUAUUGAAACUUCAAAAUAUAUUUGGUACUAGUCAGUGUUUAGUCCUUACAGAUUAACCAGGAAUUUUUAUCUGAAUACAGAAAAUUAUUAAAGAAAUCCCCUUAAACCAUACAAGUCAAAGGAUUUUAAGAAUCCCUAUUGGUGGCCUAAAGUUACAUAUAUAGGUGUAGAAAUACUGUAAGGUCAUUUCAAUUUUUUAAAAAUAUGUUUUUAUUGGUUUUUAGUUAGAGGGGAAGGGAGAGAGAGAGAAAGAUA